AUGGCACCCUUACAACGCAAACUUCAAGUCGCCAUCUCAGGCCUUGGCCGCAUGGGCGCCCGCCAUGCUCAAAACUUCCACGAACGCACUCCCCGCGCCGAGCUCGUUGCAGCUUUCACCCCCGAACCCAGGGAAGCAGCAUGGGCUGCAGAACACCUCCCUGGUGUAAUCGUCUACUCCGACUUUGACGAAAUGCUCAAUCAUCCAGGUUUAGAAGCUGUGGUUGUAGCUACAGUAACUACUGCCCAUGCUUCCCAAGCCAUCGCAGCUAUCAAUGCUGGAAAACACGUGCUUUGCGAGAAGCCUCUCUCCACUUCUGUAGAGAUCUCGCAGUCCGUGGUAGAUGCAGCAAACAAGAGACCAGACCUCAAGGUUCUUUGUGGCUUUUCCCGUCGUUUUGACGCUUCAUACCGAGACGCAUUUGCUCGUAUGGACAAUGCCGCCAUCGGCCGCCCUAGCAUCUUCCGCUCUCAAACCUGCGAUAAACUCGAUCCUUCAGGUUUCUUUGUCGACUACGCUCAAUUCUCGGGAGGUAUUUUCGUCGACUGCAAUAUUCACGAUAUCGACUUGGCACUCUGGUUUNUCGGCCAAGAUACGUUGGUGAAAAGUGUUUAUGCAGUCGGUGUAACAGCAGUCCAACCCGGUCUCAAAAAGUGGAAAGAUGUGGACAAUGGUGUUGGUGUAGUUGAAUUCUACGGAAACAAAAUUGCGUACUUGUAUUCGAGCAGAAUGAUGGCGGCGGGACAACACGAUAUGACUGAAAUCAUCGGCACAGAGNGAAAAUUGACCGUAAACGCGAACCCCAACGGUACAUUGGUGGAAAUGUCCGAACCUACGGGAAUCAGAAGAGAGAUCCCUGGUGAUUACUAUGGAAGGUUCUACGAGGCGUUCGUUAGGGAGGCUAAUGAGUUUACCGCUGCUUGUUUGGAUGACACGAAGUUGCCUUUCAAGUUGAGUGGUGCGGUGCAGGCUGUCAAGAUUGGUUGUGCUUUGCAAGAAUCGCUAAACAGUGGAAAGAAGAUUGAGUUUGAUGAGACUGGUCGUAGGAUUGAGCAGGCUUCUUUGUAG